UUGCCAUGGAAACCCCGGGCCAGAAACGCAUGAGCCGCGGUGCCACCACCUCCCCCUCGCCAGCCCGCAUCACCAGGCUGCAGGAGAAGGAGGACCUGUGCAACCUCAACGACCGCCUGGCCGUCUACAUCGACAAGGUGCGGUCACUGGAGGUGGAAAACGCCGGGCUGCGGCUGCGCAUCACCGAGUCAGAGUCCUCGGUGACCCGUGACCUGUCGGGCAUAAAGGCGGCCUACGAGACGGAGCUGGCCGACGCUCGGAAAACCCUGGACCAGGUGGCCAAGGAGCGGGCUCGUCUGCAGCUGGAGCUGAGCAAAGUCAGAGAGGAGCACAAGGAGCUCAAAGCCAGGAACAGUAAGAAGGAGUCUGACCUGGAGGCGGCUCUGGCCAGACUGAGGGACCUGGAGGCUCUGCUCAACUCUAAAGAUGCUUCGCUCAACACCGCGCUGGGAGAGAAACGAGCCCUGGAGGCGGAGGUGAAGGACCUCAAAGCCCAGAUGGCCAAGUUGAACAGUAACUUUGCCGACGCCAAGAGGCAACUGCAGGAUGAGAUGCUGAGGAGAGUGGAUGCAGAGAACCGCCUGCAAACCCUGAAGGAAGAGCUGGAGUUCCAGAAGAACAUCUACAAUGAGGAGUUACGUGAAUCCAAACAUCGCUUCGACUCUCGCGUGGUUGAGAUGGACAGUGGACGGCAGCAGGACUUUGAGAGUAAACUGGCCGAGGCCCUCAUGGAGCUGCGAGCCCAGCACGAGGACCAGGUUCGCCUCUACAAGCAGGAACUGGAGAAGACCUAUGAGUCCAAGCUGGAGAACGCCCGUCUGUCAGCUGACAGGAACAGUCACCUGGUGGGCGCCGCCCACGAGGAGCUGCAGCAGAGCCGCGUUCGGAUCGAGGGCAUGUCCGCUCAGUUCAGCCAGCUCCAGAAACAGUUAUCAGCGAGCGAAGCCAAAGUGCGUAACCUGGAAGAGUCUCUGUCACGGGAGCGUGAUCUGAUGAGGCGUCGGCUGGAGGAAAAAGAGCGUGAGAUGGCUGAGGUGCGAGCCCGGAUGCAGCAGCAGCUGGACGAUUACCAGGAGCUGCUCGACAUCAAACUAGCGCUGGACAUGGAGAUCAGCGCUUACAGGAAGCUGCUGGAGGGAGAGGAGGAGAGGCUGCGUCUGUCACCCAGCCCUCCGCCCACCAAGGUCACAGUCACACGGACAUCUGGCUCAGGCCACGCCCACGUCCACGCCAGCCGCCUGCUCCUCUCCUCAACCGCCGCCGCCGCCACCGCUGCUUCGAGCAGCCGCAACUCCUCCGGCACGGCGACCAAGAAGCGUCGCCUCAACGACAAUGACAGUGAGACCUCCAGUGUGGCGGGCGGCACCGUGACUAAGACUCGCAUCAGUCAGCACGCCUCAGCCAGCGGCCGCAUCACCGUGGAGGAGGUCGACCUGGAGGGCAAAUACAUCCGUCUCAGCAACAAGGCAGACGAGGAUCAACCACUGGGCCACUGGCAGGUGAAGAGACAGGUCGAGAGCUCCACCCCCAUCGUCUACAAGUUCCCCCCGAAGUUCACACUGAAGGCUGGAGGAGCAGUAACUAUCUGGGCAGCAACUAGUGGUGGAAGCCACAACCCUCCCACUGACCUGCUGUGGAAGACCCAGAACUCCUGGGGCACCGGCGACCUGCUGCAGACUUCCCUGAUCAAUGCCAACGGAGAGGAAAUGGCCAUGAGGAAAGUCACACGCACUCUGUUCCAAGAUGACGAAGACGAUGACAUGGGAGCUCACAGCACCAGCGGGGCAGAGAACGAGUACAACCUGCGCAGCCGCACGGUGAUCUGCGGCUCCUGCGGGCAACCGUCGGACCGCGGCUCAGGUGUGUGCAGCAGCAGCAGCAGCGGGGGUUUACCUGAAGGCCUCGUGGGACAUUCCUUCUUCAUGGGUACCAAUGAGCCCAGACAGGGUCGUAAUAAACGAGAAAGCUGCUCCGUCAUGUAAAAACCAAGCAUCACCUGAACCCCGCCCCUCCUGUAGCCGACACAGGAGACUCAUUUUCUACCAUGGGAUGUUUGUCCUUGUUUUUUUUAUUAUUAUUAUGAUCUUGUCUUAUUUUGUAUUCAGAUUAAUCUGCAGCUUAGAUUUGCGUUGGGCUUUAAGGCAAAUGGCAGAGGAUUUUCAGAACGUUGGUAUAUUCAUACGACAUUAGUGCAUGUGAUGCUUGUGCUGUGUUGUGCUUUUCUUUUACGCACACAGCUCUCAUCGACCAGUGGUUGUGCUUUCACACUGAAUGACACUGAGCGACCGUGCUGUCAACAGUCAACACGCACAGCUAGUGAAGCCCGUCAGGACCAAGUCUCAGUAACCACACACACACACACACACACACACACACACACACACACACACACACACACACACACACACACACACACACACACACACACCAGGAAGAAGAGUCCUGUGCUAAACGUGACACUCUCCAGUUAAAGAUGCUGCGUAUGUUUACAGUUGAAAAGUAUUAAAAACACAAACUCGCUCAGGUUAUUUUCUUCAAUUGUCCAAAGAAAACCAAAGUGCUGUGAGGUUGAACAGCAGAUUCUUUAUUUUUCACCUGAAACCUUAAACACACAUGUUUCAUGUAGAGUGAAAACAUCAUGUGUUUGAGGCAGCGUUGCUUCAGAAGAACAAAAUCAAUAUAUCUGUAUAUUUUUCUGGAGAUGAUUCCGUUAAACGUCGUCGCUUAUCCCCAAAGAAAAGUUGUAGUUUUGUAAAAGAAUGAUCGUUACUCAGACGUUGAAUGUUCACGAUGUCAUGAGAAAAUCUUGACCGUGUUGCCUUAUUAAUAUUCUUAUUAUUCUUAUUAUCCAGGUAGAGUAUCUCCUGAUGAUAGAGCAUAGAUGUUGCCUCUGCUGUUUGUAGCAGGAGUUGGUGCUACACGUAUGCUGCCAUAUAUACAGGAUGUGUUUAUACUGUUACUCUGUGCAGCAGUAAUAUUUGUCCAUCAGGAAACAAACAGCACUCAGUCGUUACUUUGGUUAGUGUGGCUCUUAAAAACUGGUCUUUUCUCCUAAACUCAAAUCUGCAGGGAUGUUGAGAGGUUUGUGUUCUUUCUUUCUCUGGCUUUUUUGUUCCGGGGUGUCAAACUCAUUUUUGUUCAGGGGCCACAUACAGCACAAUCUGAUCUACCAGUAAAAAUAGUCUGGCGGGCGGGUUCUGGCCCCCGGACCGUAUGUUUGACACCCCUGGCUUAAUGAACUGCUUUUGUCAAUUAUGCACAGCCUUUAGAUUUAUACUAGUCUGCCAGCUUAAGUCAUUUGUACUCCAGAAAAAAAGGCAUAUUGAAGCAUUUAUGGAAAAUAAUUGAUGGCUGUUUUUGAUUUCUUUGUACGAGAUGGAUUUUCUUGCAUAGAUAGAUUUUUUUACUUUGACACAGACGACACAGGUUCAUGUACAUGUGAGACCUGACUCACUGUAGCACUGUGUGUGUUUCAGGGGUUUUCAGAAGCCAUUAAAAAAACACUUUUGUAUGCCAUGUUAUUUAGAAUGAAUGAGAGAGAGAAUCCUCUUUGACUGCGAUGGUUACAAGUAGCUUCAAUUAGUGUCACAUCCAUCAGAAUGAUUCUAUUAAUGUUUUGGAAAAAGCCAUAAAUUCAGUCAAUGUAAUGAAUGUCUUUUGUUUUCUAAAAUUGGAGUAAAAUGUGUUUUUUUGUUGA